GCGAUGAUCGCCGUCUCCAUCCCGGCGGCGGAGCCUCAGGCGGCGGCGCGCAGCCCCGAUAAGGCGCACACGGUGUUCAGGGUGGAGGUGCUGUGCAAUGGACGGCGGCACACGGUGGUGAAGCGCUACAGUGAGUUCCAGGCACUGCACAAGCGGAUCAAGAAGACCUGCAAGGUCCCUGACUUCCCCCCGCGCCAUGUCCCCAACUGGAUGCCCAAAGUGCUGGAGCAGCGCCGGCAGGGCCUGGAGCUUUACAUCCGGGGUGUCCUGUACCACAACGAGGAGCUGCCUCAGGAUGUGCUGGACUUCCUGAAGGUGCGGCAUUGCCAGCAAGACCCCAAGGCCAGCAGCCCCCUCACCGGCCAUGUGCCCUCCCAGCGGCCAGUCGUUGGCUUCUACACCGACCCCUACGCACAGCCCCCGGGCACCGACCUGCUCCCUGACACCGUCCUCAGCGGGGUGCUGCAGGGCCUCUACAUCCCCCCGAGCUGCACCCCCUGCCAGGCAGCACCCCGAGCCCCCAGCCCACUGGGCUCCUGAGCACUGCCCCCCCCCAGCACCCAGGGCCACGGUGGCAAGCUGCCGGGCAAUGGGAAGGACCCCUGCGGUAAAAAUAACUCCCCUCUGGAGAAGCUGGAGCUGGGAUGGGGCAGGAAAACAGGGGGAGAAGCCAAGGGGUACAGUAGGAGGCACAGCUGCUCUCCAGGCCCACCACCAUCCAAAGCACCUUUGUUGGGAGAGCAGGAGCUCUGCCUUCUGCCCUGGUGUUUUGGCGUUGCAGUAGGAGCCUUCGGAGGCUGAACCACACUGGAAAACCCCUCAGCAUCUGGACUUUGGUGCAAUAAAUCACUUGGGCUUGACCGGCA